AUGACUAGGUACGCUCAUAAAAAUAGUUUUCUACCAGUACACUUGCCGAUUAUAUUCACAUAUUCUGAACGAGCGUCGUCAUCGGCGUUAGACGGACAGUUUUCUGUUAGUCGAACAACAGACAAUAUCGGACCUCGUUCUACAUUAUGUAAUCAUAAGAAAAGUUCAACCUUGUACGUGGAGUGUAGCACGGCAGUGUCCGCGUCAUUAGCAAACGUACCAGGUUAUGCUUCUUUUUCAAAACGAAAUGAACAACGUUCGCUUCGCUUCGAACAACGAUAUUCAUCGUUGAAUAUGAACCUAUUUCAUACAAAAAAUUGGACAAAUAAUUGUUCAACCUUGAUAUACUCGUGUAUACGUGAAUGUGGGGGUUGGGGAGAUCGACAACGCGGUCUUGAAUCUGCAUUCCUCUUAGCUCUAAUAACAGAUCGUCGUUUUAUGAUAGAGAUGAAUUUUCCGUGUGAUAUUAGAACAGCUUUACAACCGAACUAG